UGCAAGUGCAGCAGCUCCAAUGCUCGUAUUUGCGUUCGUUGGUCGGGCAGCGCUGAGGAAUACGAAGUUUGGUCAAAGAGCAUCAGGAACGGCAAAGUCGCUGGUAUCACCACAGUGAAUGAGAGCAUCGGCUCCCAUCCACGAACCUUUUUCUUGAGAUGUAUAAAUACUCGCUCCUGGUUUUCUCGACACUUUCCAAAAGAAUCACACACUUCAUCCUCUCAUUCGCUUCACCUCCCGAGUCGUCAAUAUACCCUCGCUCUACGAUCACCAUGAAGUUCAUCACGGGUAUCGCCACCAUCCUCCUGGUUUCGACCUCGGUCGUUGCUAUCCCAGCCAACCCCAUCGCCACUCCUAACCCUCACCUUGAGCCAAUGUGGCCAAAAUGCGUCAAAUUCUACAAAGCUACAGGUGGCGACACCUGCGAUUCCAUCGCCUCCAAGAACGGCAUCACAAAGGCCGAUGUCAUAGGCCUGAACCAAGCCAUUGGCGGCCUGCGUGGCUGCUCAAUGAACAACAUCUUCGAGGGUUACUGGUACUGUGUCAAGCCAGACGGCUGGUAAUGAUUUUGUCAAAGAGGGGAUGGUCAGUCUCGGAGGACAGGCAAAGUUCACACGGGCGAAAGACGGAGGAUUGCUAGGUGGCGGAUCAAGUGAGGCUUCACAUAGUAGCGAGCUGCUUUGGCAUGAUACUGUUAAUGUUACCGACA